AUGGAAUUGAUGGAUGGAAACUACACUUUGGUGGCUGAGUUUGCUCUUUUAGGGUUUCCGACCCACCCUGAACUGCAGAUUGUCCUAUUCCUUAUGUUUCUGACAUUGUAUGGUAUGAUUUUAACAGGGAACAUUGGACUGAUGAUGUUAAUCAGGAUCGAUCCUCACCUUCAAACCCCUACGUAUUUUUUCCUUAGCAACCUCUCCUUUGCAGACCUCUGUUACUCCUCAGUCAUUGUUCCCAAAAUGCUGUUCAAUUUCCUCUCAGAAAACAAAGGUAUCUCUUAUUAUGGCUGUGCCUUACAGCUUUAUUUUUUCUGCACUUUUGCCGAUACCGAAUCCUUUAUCUUGGCUGCCAUGGCAUAUGAUCACUAUGCUGCCAUCUGUAAGCCUUUACUGUAUACAGUUGUGAUGUCUCGGAGCACCUGUACAUGGUUGAUUGUCUUGUCCUACAUUGGAGGUAACAUGAGUUCCCUGGUUCACACAUCCUUUGCCUUUAUUCUGAAGUACUGUGAUAAAAAUGUCAUUAAUCUUUUCUGUGACCACCCUCCCCUGCUUAAGCUAUCCUGCACAGACAUAUCAGUUAAUGAGUGGCUUCUCUCCGCUUACGGCAGCUCAGUGGAAAUUAUCUGUUUCAUUGUCAUCAUCUCCUACUUUUUCAUCCUUCAUUCAGUCUUGAAGAUCCACUCUUCCAGUGGGAAGAAGAAAACCUUCUCCACAUGUGCCUCUCACCUGACUUCUGUGGCCAUCUAUCAGGGGACCCUUCUCUUCAUUUACUCACGGUCCAGCUACCUGUAUUCUCCCAACACUGAUAAAAUUAUCUCCGUGUUCUACACCAUUAUCAUCCCAGUGCUGAAUCCGUUGAUUUAUAGUUUGAGAAAUAAAGAUGUAAAGGAUGCUAAGAGAGCUCUAAGGUUAAAGGUGGAUUCUUUAUGA